AUGGCCAAGGGCCGCAACAAGAACAAGGCCAAGAAUGGCGCCGGCGCCGCCGCCAUGGACGCCUCCGAGGGCGCGCCCGCUGCGUCCACCGCAGCAGAAGCCCCACAACCGAUGGAUACGUCCGAGGGGAAGCAGCCGUCCUCUUCAUCGGCUGCCCUCAGUUCGAUCAACAGGAAAAUAAAAAAGGGCGUGCAACCUAAAAGGACAAAAAAUGUGAGGAAAAUGAAAGCAGUUGCCAGGGCCAUUUCUAAAACUGAGAAGUCCGAGGAGAAGGUCCUGAAAGCAAAAAGCAAGAAGUCAAGGAUUCAGUCUGCCAAGUCUUUGUAUGAUUAA